GACUAAUCGGGCGCCAUCUUGUCUUGUUCGUGGAGAAGUAGAAGCAUCGAAAGGGUUGGAGAGAUAUUAGAGGAACGGUGGCGACAACGGGGUUCCGGAACCAGAGUGGGGCGUAAGUAAUCUUGCUGCUAUGCUUCCAAGCUGCAGUCUGAAUCAACCUGAAUUUUAAACAGAAGGUGAACCUCUGAGAUAGAAAAUCAAAUAUAUUUUUAAAGUCAAGAUGUGGGAUCAAGGAGGACAGCCUUGGCAGCAGUGGCCCUUGAACCAACAACAGUGGAUGCAGUCAUUCCAGCAUCAGCAGGAUCCAAGUCAGAUUGACUGGGCUGCAUUGGCUCAAGCUUGGAUUGCCCAAAGAGAAGCUUCAGGACAGCAAAGCAUGGUAGAACAACCACCAGGAAUGAUGCCGAAUGGACAGGAUAUAUCUACUAUGGAAUCUGGUCCAAACAAUCAUGGGAAUUUUCAAGGAGAUUCAAACUUCAACAGAAUGUGGCAACCAGAAUGGGGAAUGCAUCAGCAACCCCCACACCCCCCUCCAGAUCAGCCAUGGAUGCCACCAACACCAGGCCCAAUGGACAUUGUUCCUCCUUCCGAAGACAGCAACAGUCAGGACAGUGGGGAAUUUGCCCCUGACAACAGGCAUAUAUUUAACCAGAACAAUCACAACUUUGGUGGACCACCCGAUAAUUUUGCAGUGGGGCCAGUGAACCAGUUUGACUAUCAGCAUGGGGCUGCUUUUGGUCCACCGCAAGGUGGAUUUCAUCCUCCUUAUUGGCAACCAGGACCUCCAGGACCUCCGGCACCUCCCCAGAAUCGAAGAGAGAGGCCGUCGUCAUUCAGGGAUCGGCAGCGUUCACCUAUUGCACUUCCUGUGAAGCAGGAGCCUCCACAAAUUGAUGCAGUAAAACGCAGAACUCUUCCAGCUUGGAUUCGAGAAGGUCUUGAAAAAAUGGAACGUGAAAAGCAGAAGAAGUUGGAGAAAGAAAGAAUGGAGCAACAACGUUCACAGUUGUCCAAAAAAGAAAAGAAGGCCACAGAAGAUGCUGACGGAGGAGAUGGCCCUCGUUUACCUCAGAGAAGUAAAUUUGAUAGUGAUGAGGAAGAUGAAGACACUGAAAAUGUUGAGGCUGCAAGCAGUGGAAAAGUCACCAGAAGUCCAUCUCCAGUUCCUCAAGAGGAGCAGAGUGAACCUGAGAUGACUGAGGAAGAGAAAGAGUAUCAAAUGAUGUUGCUGACAAAAAUGCUUCUGACUGAAAUUCUACUGGAUGUCACGGAUGAAGAAAUAUAUUACGUAGCCAAAGAUGCACAUCGGAAAGCAACAAAAGCUCCUGCAAAACAGCUGGCACAGUCCAGUGCACUGGCUUCCCUCACUGGACUCGGUGGACUGGGUGGUUAUGGAUCAGGAGACAGUGAAGACGAGAGGAGUGACAGAGGCUCUGAGUCAUCUGACACUGAUGAUGAGGAAUUACGGCACCGAAUCCGGCAAAAACAGGAAGCUUUUUGGAGAAAAGAGAAAGAACAGCAGCUGUUACGUGAUAAACAGAUGGAAGAAGAAAAGCAACAAACAGAAAGGGUUACAAAAGAGAUGAAUGAAUUUAUCCAUAAAGAGCAAAAUAGUUUAUCACUACUAGAAGGAAGAGAAGCAGACGGUGAUGUGGUUAAUGAAAAGAAAAGAACUCCAAAUGAAACUACGUCAGUUUUAGAACCAAAAAAAGAGCAUAAAGAAAAAGAGAAACAAGGAAGGAGUAGAUCAGGAAGUUCUAGUAGUGGUAGUUCCAGUAGCAAUAGCAGAACUAGUAGUACUAGUAGUACUGUCUCUAGCUCUUCAUACAGUUCUAGCUCAGGGAGUAGUCGCACUUCUUCUCGAUCUUCUUCUCCUAAAAGGAAAAAGAGACAUAGUAGGAGUAGAUCUCCAACAAUUAAAGCUAGACGUAGUAGGAGUAGAAGUUACUCUCGUAGAAUUAAAAUAGAGAGUAAUAGGGCUAGAGUAAAGAUUAGAGAUAGGAGGAGAUCCAAUAGAAAUAGCAUUGAAAGAGAAAGAAGAAGAAAUCGGAGUCCUUCCCGAGAGAGACGUAGAAGUAGAAGUCGCUCAAGGGAUAGGCGAACCAAUCGGUCCAGUCGCAGUAGGAGUCGAGAUAGGCGUAAAAUUGACGAUCAACGUGGAAGUCUUAGUGGAAGCAGUCAUAAGCACAAAGGUGAGGCUAAAGAACAAGAGAGGAAAAAGGAAAGGAGUCGAAGUAUAGAUAAAGAUAGGAAAAAGAAAGACAAAGAAAGGGAGCGUGAACAGGAUAAAAGAAAAGAGAAACAAAAAAGGGAAGAAAAAGAUUUUAAGUUCAGUAGUCAGGAUGAUAGGUUAAAAAGGAAACGAGAAAGUGAAAGAACAUUCUCUAGGAGUGGUUCUAUAUCUGUUAAAAUCAUCAGACAUGAUUCUAGACAGGAUAGUAAGAAAAGUACUACCAAAGAUAGUAAAAAACAUUCAGGCUCUGAUUCUAGUGGAAGGAGCAGUUCUGAAUCUCCAGGAAGUAGCAAAGAAAAGAAGGCUAAGAAGCCUAAACAUAGUCGAUCGCGAUCCGUGGAGAAAUCUCAAAGGUCUGGUAAGAAGGCAAGCCGCAAACACAAGUCUAAGUCCCGAUCAAGAUCAACAACCCCUCCCCGUCGUAAACGCUGAGGAAUGAUGUGGCAAGAAUGCCAUGAUGUUUAAAAAAUUCCAUGAGUUUUAAGGGCUUGUCUCAUUAUAGAGGCACAUUGUGGCUGUGUAGGUGAAACCAGAAUCUUUUUUUUUUUUUAAUCUGUAAAUAGGUGUACUUUUUCCAAAUGCUGCUCCAAGUUACUUAAUAGGAUUUCUUUGUAUUACAUUUUUUCAAAAAAUAGUGCAUAAGACUAUAAACACGCCAUUCUCUUUCAGCUGUAAUGUUCUUAAAAUUACUUUUGAAUGUACUGUGAUGUCAAUAAAGCUCUUUAGUUCAUUUUUGUUAA